AUGGAGCAGAACCUCGCGGGGGUCUUUGAGCGCUGGGCGGUUUCGAGGCCGAGGCAGGCGGCGGUGCAGGAUGCGGAUGGCAUUUGGAGCUACCAGGAGCUGUGGGACAUCUCGGGUCGCAUUGCCGGAGAGCUUUCACGGCACGGCCUUGUGCCUGGCCGCCCAGUCGCUGUGUUCCUGCGCCCGGGCCGCCUGUGGUACGCCUGCUGCCUGGCGUGCUGGCGCUUGGCGGUGCCGGUGCUCGCGCUGAGCGCGGACCGCGACUCGGACGCCGAGGCACGGCGCGCGCAGGAGGCGGCCGCGGCGCUGCGCCCGGCGGCGCUGGUCUUCGGCGACAACGCGUUCGAGAUCCAGAGCCUUCCCUCUGACUGCCUUCGCCUACCCGCAGAGCAGUUGCUGAAUGCUCAGGCAAAGGCGCCACAAGAGGUCCCAGAUGCAGCAGAGGCGGUGCUGGCCUAUGUGUUUACAGGAGGCACUACACGCCACAGCAAGUGUGUGGCGGUGACCCACCGCAUGGCUCUGUGGGAGAUCGAACAAUACCCCAAAGUCUUGGGCAGUCUCGGCAACGAGAAGAUGCUGCAGCACUCGUCCGCCUAUUGGGGCGCGGCGAUCUUCGGGCAAGUGGACCUGGCGCUGGCCUUCGGUGCCUGCAACGUGAUCUGCCUCUGCCGGCGCCCGGAGGAGAUCGCCGCAGCUUGCGCAGACUUUGGCAUCACGGUGCUGGGCGUGGUGCCCUCUCAACUCCGGGGCGCGUAUCCCGCCGGCCCCCAAUCCAGGGCGCGGAGCUUGCGGCGCCUCAUCACCUGGGCGGAGCGCACGCCGCUGCGCCUCGCAGCGGAGUGGAAGGCAGAGCUGCCAGUGGUGGAGCUGCUGAUUGCCUCGGAGUACUGGCUGUCCUUCUACUCGAACUGUGAUACUGCAUCUUCCAACGGGGUCGAACGCCACGUGCUGCACGCUUUGCCUGACCUGGACUUCAAGCUGCUCAAGGAGGACGGCACAGAGUGCCUCCCGGGCGAGAGCGGCGAGCUGUUCCUCUCGGGGCCCACCGUGUUCCCUGGCUACGUGGAUGCAGGUGCUAUCUCCCGAAACGCCUUCCACCAGAUCCAGGGGAAGGAGUACUUCUGCACUCACGACCGCCUGGGCUUGCUUGAAGGCGGAGGCUUGGUGUACCAGGGCCGGACGGACUCCCUGACGAAGAUAGGCGGCCAGUGGGAGGACCUGGAAAGCCUUGAGGCGCGCCUGGCAGCAGUGCCAGGGGUGAAGCAGGCAGCGCUGGUGGCGGACGAGCAGCUGGAGGCGUACCUCGAGCUGGAGGAUGUCCGGGAGGGGCCGCCCCUGGCUGAGAUCUGGGCGCGGGCAUCGCAGCUGGUGCCGAGGCCGCGGAUCUGGGCGGAGCUGCCCAGGCACGAGGCCACCGACAAGGUCAACAAGCACCUGCUGCGGGAGGACCUCGCGCAGCGCAAGGCACGGGAGGCGUCGUGGCAGCGGAAGCUGCGCCGCGUGCAGCGCUGGAUGCUGCGGCUCUACGGCGCCUGCCACGGCCUGGUGCUGGCGCUGGUGCUUUUGGCUUCAGUUUUGCAGGGAGGCUUUGCCAAGCGUCUGCUGCUGUUGCCCUUCCUGUGGGUGGCCUGGCUCUAUGCCUGGCAGCUGGCAGGCAGACCUGUUCAUCGCUGGGUGUCGUUCAGCUCGCCCUUGGGCCCAGUGGAUGUGUUUCUCCUCUUAGCGCUGCUCACACCUGGAUCGCUUCUGCUGCCUGAGCUGCUUCUGUCGCUCAGCGUGCUUUGCUUGCUGCGUGACCGGGACGUGCUCGCAGGCCUGGGCUUCGGCGCCCUGGCGCUGGCGCAGCUGGCCCAGAGCCCGCGCCUGUAUCUCAUGGUGCUACCGGGCCUCUUUGGGCACUACUGGUUCUGGCCCAGCAGGAUGCACUUCUUGCUCAGCCUUCCGCUGGUUUACCUGCUGAGCUUUCCCAAGUGGUUCCGGGACGCCCAGACCUGGCGGGCUCACUGGGCGGAGGCGCGGUUGCGGCACCUGGUGCUGCGGCUGCUGCCUGAGCCCGGCUUCGACGGGCACCUGCACUUUGAGAAGAACCAGGUGGCCUAUGACUGGGGCUCCAAGGAGCGGUGGGUGAACGUGUGCAUGAGUCGGGCGGAGCAGAACAACCUGCUGAAGGUCAACCUCUGGGAGCCCGUGCGCCCGGCCGCAGUCCCCAGAGGCGCUUCCGGUGGAGACGGGCGCGAGGAGUUCAGCGCGGAGGAAGCGCCGCUGGCGGCGCUGGUGGAGCGGGCCGGGGGGUGCCCAAGGCAUCUGAACCUGGACUCCCUGCAGGCGAUCCGCUUGGUGGAGCUGGCACGGAGGGAGCUGAACCUUUCGCUCACGGCCCAGCUUGUGCUGCAGAGCCGGUCCCUGCGUGACCUGCUGGACGCGGAGCUGGAGGUCCGCGUCGAGGAACCUCUGGAAGGCGGGCCAGACGAAGAGGGAGCCUUCCGCCUCUACGUGAUGGAGUAUGCCAAGUCCCCGGUGGAUUGGUUCAUCCGCUUCGGCCAUGGGCUGGACCUUGCGGCGCUGCAGCGCGCCUGCGACCGCCUGGUGGCGAGGCACUCCACGCUCCGUGCGCGGCCGCACCCGGACGAGGCGAUGCGGGAGACCAUGGACCGGGCUGCAGCCAUGUGGCAGGUGGCCUGCAGCGCUUGGCCGCGCUUGGCCAAACCUCUGCGGCGCUUCGCGGCGGCGCAGCUCGCCGCGGCCUGGCCGCGGACCUUCUUGGCGACGCCGGAGGAGGCGCGCAAGGAGGUGCUGAUUGUGGACGAAGACGUGGUGCGAGAUCCCGGUUUCGCCUCCAUGAGCGAUGACAAAUACAUGUUCUGGCUAGCUAAAUCCCUGCGGAGCCGGCACCGCUGGCCGUGGCACGUCUUCGCCGUGCCGGUGGUCCGCGCGGACGCGGGGCCGCGGCUCGCGCGGCUGGCCGGGCGUCCAGACCUGCGCCAGGCGCUGCGGCAGCUGCCGCCGGAGGAUGUGGUGUGGUACAUCUACGUGGGCAUAACACAUGCCUACAGUGACGGUGCCAGCGGUCAUGCUCUUCUGCAGGAUCUCUUGAGGCUGUAUGGCGAGGAGCUGGGCCCGGCGCCGGCGGCGUCUCUGGCGGCACCGCUGGCGGACCCCAUGGCGCUGCUGCAGCGGCGCCUGGAGGCCUCGCUGCGUGGGAGGCUGCCGGAUGAAGAGGUGCGGCCCAACGAUGAGGUGUACCAUGAGAGCCUGGAUGAGGACUGGGGCCGGCGCCCGGGCUGCUCCAAGAAGGUCUGCUUUGACCAGCUGGUCUUCGACGCGCUGCAGGUGGCGGGGCGGGUGCUCGGCUGCGGCGCGGACGUGGCAUGGCUCACGGCCAUCGUGGGGGCCAUGCUGCGGAUGUUUCCCUCGGAGAAGAGGAUCCAGCUCACCCUGAAGUGCGCCUGUCGAGAUGGCCCUGGUCAGAACGACAUGGUGGGCUUCCUCUCAGAGCAGCGAGUCUUUCCCGUGGAUUGUGGGGACAGCACCAAAGCGACGCUGAUGGAUGUGGCCAUGAGCAUCGACCGCCACCGUAAGACUCGCUCCUGGCGGGCGCCAUUGCCAUAUGAAGCCUCCCUGUGCGUCUACGUGAACAUCGUGGGCGCCAUCACGGGUGGCCUGCCACUGGGCUGCCACCAGGUGUGCCACAGCUGUACCGGCUCCUCCGGCAGUCCGGACGCCUACGCUCACCUCAACCUCCGCCUGGACCAACGGACGGCCCUGGAGUGGGACUUCCGCAUCUUCCAUUGGGACCAGGCGUGGGGUUGGCAGUGGUGCGACUACUUCGCCCCGGUGGUCGCCGCCGUGAUCUGCGACAUGGCGGAGUGCCCCACCGCGGCGCUGGUGCCGGCGCCGGCGCCGGCCUGGCGCAUCCUCAGCUCGCAAGCCUCACCAGCUCCAGAAUCGGCCGAGACCGACGCGGGCGUGAAGCGCAAGGAGACGCGUGCCCGGAGCGCCUCUCCCAAGAGUCGCCGCAUCGGCCCAGAGAAGCGUGCCGCCUCCGCCUGA